CUCCAUAUUUUUCACUCACUCCGAUCCGAUCACGAAAACGAAACCGUUCCCCGCCGCCGGCAAUAUGCUGCCGCCGGAGCUCCAGCCCCGGGCUUUCCGCCCCCACAUCUCCCCCUCCACCAGCGCCCCCUCCUUCGCCACCUCCUCCUCCUAUAACGGAGACCAAAACCCUAACCCUAACCCUCCGAUAUCCUUAUAUCACGGCGGAGCUGCCGGAAUCGGCCGCCGCUCCAGCUCCUCUAAGAAGAACUCUCGAUUCUCCCCCUCCUCCUUCGUCCACAAUGCCAGAAUCGCCGUCGCGCUCGUCCCGUCCGCUGCCUUCCUCCUCGACCUCGGCGGCGCUCCGGUCGUCGCCACCCUUGUCGUCGGCCUCAUGGUCGCGUAUAUCCUCGAUUCGCUCAAUUUCAAAUCCGGUUCCUUCUUCGCCGUCUGGUUCACCCUCAUCGCCGCGCAGAUUACCUUCUUCUUCAGCUCAUCGCUCUACUACACCUUCAAUUAUGUUUCAAUUGCUCUUCUCGCUGCCCUAACUUGUGCAUUGGCGAAUUUCCUAAUCGGAGUUUGGGUAUCGCUGCAGUUCAAGUGGAUACAGAUCGAGCACCCUACUAUCGUGCUCGCUCUCGAACGCCUCUUGUUCGCUUGUGUUCCGCUCAUCGCUUCCACGCUUUUUACCUGGGCGACUGUUUCUGCAGUGGGUAUGUGGAAUGCUGCUUACUAUCUCAUGGUUUUUAAUUGCGUUUUCUACUGGCUGUAUUCAGUUCCCCGUGUGUCCUCGUUCAAAUUGAAGCAAGAAGUGAAUUUCCAUGGAGGUGAGGUCCCCGAAGAUAGUUUCAUUCUUGGGCAACUUGAAAGCUGUGUGCAUACGCUGAGUCUUUUGUUUGUUCCUGUAUCGUUCCACAUUGCCUCCCAUUUUAGGGUUAUGUUCUCAUCCAGUGCUGCCAUCUCCGAUUUGUUUCUGCUUUUCUUCAUUCCCUUUCUGCUUCAAUUGUAUGCAUCCACAAGAGGGGCAUUGUGGUGGGUUACUAAGAACGAGUACCAGUUGCAGAGCAUUCGAUUUGUCAAUGGUGCUGUGGCUUUAGUUGUUGUUGUUGUAUGCCUGGAGAUUCGUGUUGUUUUUCAUUCAUUUGGGCGGUACAUUCAUGUUCCGCCACCUCUGAAUUAUCUGCUUGUCACCAUCACAAUGCUUGGAGGAGCUGCUGCUGCAGGUUCUUAUGCUCUUGGUAUGGUUUCCGACGCAUUCAGCUCACUCGUAUUCACUGCAUUGGCUGUCACUGUCAGUGCUGCUGGAGCGAUUGUAGUCGGAUUUCCUAUCCUGUUCCUUCCACUCCCUUCAGUAGCUGGAUAUUGUUUGGCUCGUUUCUUCACGAAGAAGAGCUUGUCAUCAUACUCUGCAUUUGUUGUGUUGGGGAGCUUGAUGGUUGCUUGGUUCAUGAUGCAUAACUACUGGGAUCUUAAUAUUUGGAUAGCAGGCAUGUCAUUGAAAUCUUUUUGUAAGCUUAUAGUUGGCAGUGUGCUUCUGGCAAUGGCAGUUCCUGGUUUGGCUGUUCUUCCUCCACAAUUUUCUUACCUCACUGAAGCUGGAUUGAUCGGCCAUGCCUUCUUGUUGUGCUAUAUUGAGAACAAUUUUUUCAACUAUUCAAAUGUGUAUUACUAUGGGAUGGAUGAGGAUGUGAUGUACCCGAGUUAUAUGGUUGUCAUGACUACUUUUGCGGGUCUGGCCAUUGUCAGGAGACUUUCUGUAGACCGGAGAAUUGGAUCAAAAGCAGUUUGGGUUCUGAUUUGUCUUUAUUCAGCAAAGUUGUCCAUGCUUUUUAUGGCUUCAAAGGCUGUUUUGUGGGUUUCGGCUGUUCUAUUGCUAGCAGUAUCUCCUCCUUUGCUGCUUUAUAAGGAUAAAUCUAAAUCAUCAGCCUCAAAGAUGAAACCUUUUCAAGGGUAUGCACAUGCUGGUGUGGUUGCCCUGUCAGUCUGGUUUUGUCGUGAAACAAUAUUUGAAGCCCUUCAGUGGUGGUAUGGAAGACCUCCAUCUGAUGGCUUACUAUUGGGCUCUUGCAUUCUCUUGACAGGCUUAGCUUGUAUACCGAUUGUCGCUUUGCACUUCUCACAUGUCAUGGCUGCAAAGAGAUAUUUGGUGUUGGUCAUAGCAACUGGUCUGCUAUUCAUCGUGAUGCAGCCUCCAAUUCCACUGGCAUGGACUUAUCACUCUGACCUAAUCAAAUCUGCACGCCAAUCUGCUGAUGAUAUUUCCAUAUAUGGCUUCAUGGCUUCAAAGCCAACGUGGCCAUCAUGGUUGCUUAUUGCAGCAAUCCUUCUCACUCUGGCUGGUGUCACCUCCGUUAUUCCGAUAUCUUACAUUGUUGAGUUGAGAACAUUUUAUGCCAUUGCUGUGGGAAUUGCUCUUGGCAUUUACAUAUCUGCAGAGUAUUUUCUUCAGGCAGCAAUUCUACAUGCUCUCAUCAUUGUCACCAUGGUGUGCACGUCUGUGUUUGUGAUCUUCACUCAUCUACCUUCCACUUCUAGCACCAAGUUCUUGCCUUGGAUGUUUGCUCUAAUCGUGGCCCUAUUUCCGGUAACAUAUUUACUGGAGGGCCAAGUGAGAAUUAACAAGGCUUGGCUUGGAGAGAUCAGAGAUGGAGACAUGGCCGAGGAGGACAAUAAGAUUGCGACAUUACUUGCUGUUGAGGGUGCAAGGACAUCUCUCCUUGGUUUAUAUGCUGCUAUCUUUAUGCUUAUAGCGCUUGAGAUAAAGUUUGAGUUAGCUUCACUUAUUCGCGAGAAAUUUGCGGAAAGAGGUGGACUUCGACACAGUCAGUCGGGUGAAAGCAGUUCAGCUAUGGUGCCUCCUAGAUUGAGAUUUAUGAAGCAACGCAGGGCCUCUACUAUGCCAACAUUCACUAUAAAGCGGAUGGCUGCAGAAGGAGCCUGGAUGCCUGCAGUUGGUAAUGUUGCCACUGUAAUGUGUUUUGCAAUAUGUUUGAUCUUGAAUGUGCAUCUCACCGGAGGAUCAAACCGCGCCAUAUUUUUCUUGGCACCUGUCCUACUGCUGCUUAACCAGGAUUCAGAUUUCUUUGCUGGUUUUGGUGAUAAGCAGAGGUACUUCCCUGUUUCUGUCGCUAUCUCCACCUACUUGGUGUCGACUUCCGUGUACAGUAUAUGGGAAGAUGUGUGGCAUGGCAACACAGGAUGGGGCGCUGAUAUCGGGGGACCUGACUGGUUUUGUGCUGUGAAGAAUCUGGCCCUCCUUGUAAUGACCUUCCCAAGCCAUAUCCUUUUCAACCGUUUUGUUUGGAGCUAUACGAAACAGGCUGAUUCAAGGCCCUUGCUUACCAUUCCGCUGAAUCUGCCGCCAGUCAUAAUGACGGACAUUAUCAAGAUCAAGAUAUUGGGGCUUCUUGGAGUUAUAUAUUCCUUGGCUCAGUAUCUGAUUUCGAGACAGCAACAUCUGUCCGGGUUGAAGUAUAUUUAGACAAGAUGUGUUGAAUGUGUUAUUGCUAAUUUACCCUUUUUGUUGCUUAAAUGGCACAUGAGAUUUUGGAAAAGGCUCAGGUGGCAUGGGCAGGGUUGGGUUGAGUGCUGGAAGCAAUUGCAUCGAAGAUUAUACGUGAAAAUUACGUGCUUCUUGCUUGUAAUUUGUACAAUGAGGAAACGGACAGGGUUAAAUUCAAUUUAUACAAUGAAGAGAAUUGCAGGUUGUGUGUAGUGCAA